AUGAAUAAUCCAACAACAAAAGUUUUUAAAAAUAAAUUUCUUUUAAAUAAAAUAUUAGGAUUUAUAAAAGAUGAAAAUGAAUCAAAACAUAAUAAAUAUAGUUAUCAAGAAAUUAUUAGUGUUGAAUGGAUGAUUAAAAAUAAAUAUGCAUCACUUUUAAAAUCAAAAGUUAAAAGAAGUGAACAUCUUUUCUUUUUUAAAGAAAUUGGAAAUCCAUCAGCUUUAGAAUUAAUAUUCAAACAUAAUGAAUUAAAUGAAGAUUUAGAAUUUUUAAUAGAAUUAUUUGAAAAUUAUAAAGAUUACUUUUUACCAUCAUCAAAUGAAUGUAUUCAAUUAUUAAUUAAAUGUGAUUGUUUAACUGGUUUCAAAUUAUUUUUUGAUAAUGAUGAUGAUAAUAAUUAUUUAAAAGAUUAUAAAGAAUCAUUAUUAUUAAAUGAUUAUGAUAAUUUAUAUAAAUUAUUUAAAUUAUCAAUUAUUAAUAAUUCAUUUAAAAUUUCAAAUUUUAUUAAUGAUAAAUUUAAAUUAAUUUCAAAAAGUAAUUUUAAUAUUGAUAAUUUUUGGAAAGAAAUAUUAAUUGAAUUUAAAGAAUAUAUUAGUGACACUAAUGAUGAAAAUAGAAUUUUUUUAAUUAAUUCGAGUAUUGAUUUUAUUUUAAAUCAAUUAAAAAUUGACCAACCAGUUAAAGAGAUACCAGAAUUAUUAAAUUGGUUAUACCCAAUUGAAAUUGAAAAUAUAAAUUUAUUGCAAUUGUUACAAUCAAAUUAUACAAUUUUAAAAAUUAAAAAUGUUUUCAAUUUAUUAGAGAUUGAAAGAAAAUCAAAUUGUAAUAUUGUAAAUAAUGAAAACUUUUCAUUAUUAACAUUAAAUGAAUUGGAUGAAAUGAAAUUCAAUGAAAAUGAUUUAACAACUAAAAUUUACUUAUUUAAUUCAUAUGAAUAUAAUGGAAAUAUUAAAAAAUUAUUUUUAAAUUUAAUACCAUUCACAGAGGAAUUGACUGAAAUCUCUUUCUUUUCAUCAUUAUCAUUAAGAAAUAAUUUUUAUAAAGAUAAUAUUUCAUUUUAUUUUAAAAAAUAUCAAUGUAAAUUCUCACAAUUUUCAAUUGACCAAUCAAUAGUUUUAGAUUUUCAAGAUAUAUUAAUUUGGCAUGAUUCUUUACUUUUCCCAUUUAAAUAUUUUAAAUAUGAUAAAAUCUUACAAUUUCAAUAUAUUUCUAUAGUUUUAAAAGAAAUUUUAAAAAAUCCAUCAAAUCCUAAAAAUUUUACAAUUCAACAACUUUUAAAUGAAUUAAUAAUUUUCGAUGAAUUAGAAUUAAUUGAGUUUAUGUUUAAUAAAUAUCAAGAAUUACAAGAAAAAGAAUUUAAAUCUAUUGAUAUCCAAUUUUUUAGUUUAUGUAAAUCAAAAUCAGUUAAAGUUUUUGAUUAUCUUUAUAAUAGAUUAUCACCACUACCAAUGAUACCAAUUUAUUAUUUAAUAACUUAUUCUUGUAAAUUUAAUUUAAUAAUUUUAAAUCAUUAUAAAGAAUUUUAUGAAAAACAAUAUAAACAAACAAUAGAAUCAAUUGAAGAAUGGCCAAAUAUGAUUUUAACAAUUACUGCAUAUACUUUUAUUUAUAAAAAUAUUGAUGAUUUUUUAAAACAUUAUCGUGAAGUCGACAUUUGGUUACCAUUAAAAAUUGCAGAUAUUAAUCAACCUGCUCUUCUUUAUAAUUCAUUUGAAACUUAUAAAUUCUUUGUUGAAUCAACUCCAUCCAAUAAAUUAUAUCGUUGUUAUUUUGAUUCAAAUUCUAUUGGACCUGAUUAUUAUCAAAUUAUACAUUGGUUAAUGAAUUCAAAGAAAUCUGAUAUCGAAUCUGGUAGAUGUAGUUUUGGUAUUGAUCCAAGUUUUUCAAAUGAACCUCCAUUGUUAUAUCAUUAUUUUCAAGGUGGUUUUGAAUCUAGACUUUCAACAUUACCAAUGUUUUUUUUAUUCAAUUUUUCAAUAUCAAAAUUAAUACCUUUAUUAAUGGAACUUGGUAAAAGAGGUGAUUUUAUAUCUUUUCAAUUAAUUAUUAAAAGAAUUAUUUCUUUUACUCCUGAAAAUAAAAAAAAGGGGGGAAACGAAGUUUUGGCUAUAAAAAAUACUUUAGGAAAAAUUUUCUUUAAAUAUGCUUGUCAAAAUGAUAGAUUUCAAUUAUUAUCAUCUUAUAAAAAACUAUUUUCAACUAAACAAUACCAAGAAAUUAUCAUUACUGAAUCUCAAAGAAAUGGUAGUAUUGAAUUGGCUAAAUUUUUAAAAGAUUCAUUCAAUUAUUCAUAUGAUUAUGAAAAAAUUGAAAAUAGCGAAUGUUGUUUUUUUUUUUAUUUUAAUCGUUUUUUAAGUUUUUAA